CGGCCCGGGGCGGCAGUGCGCGCUCGCCGGUGCGGGACCCGAUCCUCGGGCUCCCUUUGUGCGUCCUCCCGCGAGCAUCGGGGACCAUGUGGGUGAACCCCGAGGAGGUGCUCUUGGCCAACGCGCUCUGGAUCACCGAGAGGGCCAACCCUUACUUCAUCCUGCAGCGGAGGAAGGGACACGCGGGCGACGGAGGUGGUGGCGGUGGACUGGCGGGCCUCCUGGUGGGUACCCUUGAUGUAGUUCUGGACUCCAGUGCCCGGGUCGCUCCUUACCGAAUCUUGUACCAGACUCCAGACUCCCUGGUCUACUGGACCAUCGCCUGUGGCGGAUCCAGGAAGGAAAUAACCGAGCACUGGGAAUGGCUUGAGCAGAAUCUACUGCAGACGCUGUCCAUCUUUGAAAAUGAAAACGACAUCACCACGUUUGUGAGAGGAAAAAUACAGGGCAUCAUUGCAGAGUAUAACAAAAUCAAUGACGUGAAGGAAGAUGAUGACACUGAGAAGUUUAAGGAGGCCAUCGUGAAGUUCCAUAGGCUGUUUGGCAUGCCCGAAGAGGAGAAACUGGUCAACUAUUACUCUUGCAGCUACUGGAAAGGGAAGGUCCCCCGGCAGGGAUGGAUGUACCUCAGCAUCAACCACCUGUGUUUCUACUCCUUCCUUAUGGGGAGGGAAGCCAAGCUGGUGAUCCGGUGGGUAGACAUCACUCAGUUGGAGAAGAACGCCACGUUACUCCUGCCCGACGUGAUCAAAGUGAGCACACGGUCCAGCGAGCAUUUCUUCUCCGUUUUCCUCAACAUCAACGAGACGUUCAAGCUGAUGGAACAGCUUGCCAACAUAGCUAUGAGGCAGCUCCUGGACAACGAGGGUUUUGAACAAGACCGGUCCCUGCCCAAACUCAAGAAGAAAUCUCCCAAAAAAGUGUCUGCUUUGAAACGUGAUCUCGAUGCCAGGGCGAAAAGCGAGCGAUAUCGUGCCCUUUUCCGGCUGCCCAAAGAUGAAAAGCUAGAUGGCCACACAGACUGCACCCUCUGGACUCCGUUUAACAAAAUGCACAUCUUGGGACAGAUGUUUGUCUCCACAAAUUACAUCUGCUUUACCAGUAAGGAGGAAAACUUAUGCACCCUCAUAAUCCCACUGCGGGAAGUGACCAUUGUGGAGAAGGCCGACAGCUCCAGCGUCCUCCCCAGCCCCCUGUCCAUCAGCACGAGGAACAGGAUGACCUUCCUGUUUGCCAAUUUGAAAGACAGAGACUUCCUAGUGCAGAGGAUCUCAGAUUUCCUGCAGCAGACCACCUCCAGAAUAUACUCGGACAAAGAGUUUGCAGGAAGUUACAACAGUUCCGACGAUGAGGUGUAUUCCCGGCCCAGCAGCCUCGUCUCCUCCAGUCCCCAGAGAAGUUCGAGCUCCGACGCCGACGGAGAGCGCCAGUUUAACCUAAAUGGCAACAGCGUCCCCACGGCCACACAGACCCUCAUGACCAUGUACCGGCGCCGAUCCCCCGAGGAGUUCAACCCCAAGCUGGCCAAGGAGUUCUUGAAAGAGCAAGCCUGGAAGAUUCACUUCGCCGAGUAUGGCCAGGGCGUCUGCAUGUACCGCACGGAGAAGACGCGGGAGCUGGUGUUGAAGGGCAUCCCCGAGAGCAUGCGUGGCGAUCUCUGGCUGCUGUUGUCAGGGGCCAUCAAUGAAAAGGCCACACACCCAGGGUAUUAUGAAGACCUGGUGGAGAAGUCCAUGGGCAAGUAUAAUCUCGCCACUGAAGAGAUUGAGAGAGACUUACACCGCUCGCUUCCAGAGCACCCAGCUUUCCAGAAUGAAAUGGGCAUCGCAGCUCUGAGGAGAGUCUUAACAGCUUACGCUUUUCGGAAUCCCAACAUAGGCUACUGCCAGGCCAUGAACAUCGUCACUUCCGUGCUGCUUCUUUACGCCAAGGAGGAGGAGGCGUUCUGGCUGCUCGUGGCCUUGUGCGAGCGCAUGCUCCCCGAUUACUACAACACCAGAGUUGUCGGUGCCCUGGUGGAUCAAGGGGUCUUUGAGGAGCUGGCACGAGACUAUGUCCCACAGCUGUACGACUGCAUGCAGGACCUGGGUGUGAUUUCUACCAUCUCGCUGUCUUGGUUCCUCACGCUGUUUCUCAGCGUGAUGCCUUUCGAGAGUGCAGUGGUGGUCGUGGAUUGCUUCUUCUACGAAGGGAUCAAGGUGAUCUUCCAGUUGGCCCUCGCCGUGCUGGACGCCAACGUGGACAAGCUGUUGAACUGCAAGGACGACGGCGAGGCCAUGACUGUGUUGGGAAGGUACUUGGACAGUGUGACCAACAAGGACAGCACUCUGCCGCCCAUCCCUCACCUCCACUCUCUGCUCAGUGACGAUGUGGAGCCCUACCCUGCGGUGGACAUCUUCAGACUCAUCGCAACUUCCUACGAGAAAUUUGGGACGAUUCGGGCAGAUUUGAUUGAGCAGAUGAGAUUCAAGCAGAGACUGAAAGUGAUUCAGACCCUGGAGGACACCACGAAACGCAACGUGGUACGGACCAUUGUGACGGAAACGUCUUUUACCAUCGACGAGCUAGAGGAACUUUAUGCUCUUUUCAAGGCCGAACAUCUAACCAGCUGCUACUGGGGCGGGAGCAGCAACGCGCUGGACCGUCACGACCCCAGCCUGCCUUACCUGGAACAGUACCGCAUUGACUUCGAGCAGUUCAAGGGCAUGUUUGCGCUUCUUUUCCCCUGGGCCUGCGGCACCCACUCGGAUGUCCUGGCCUCCCGCUUGUUCCAGCUAUUAGACGAGAACGGGGACUCCUUGAUUAACUUCCGCGAGUUUGUCUCUGGGCUAAGUGCUGCAUGCCAUGGAGACCUCACAGAGAAACUCAAACUCCUGUACAAAAUGCACGUGUUGCCUGAGCCCUCCUCGGAUCAGGAUGAGCCAGACUCUGCUUUCGAAGCAACUCAGUACUUCUUUGAAGAUAUCACCCCAGAAUGCACACAUGUUGUCGGGUUAGAUAGCAGAAGCAAGCAAAGUGCAGAUGACGGCUUUGUCACCGUGAGUCUGAAGCCAGACAAAGGGAAGAGGAUGAAUUCUCAAGACAAUCGUAAUUAUCUCAGACUUUGGACUGCAGAAAAUAAAUCUAAGUCAAAAACUGUGAAAGAUUUACCCAAGCUGAAUCAGGGGCAGUUCAUCGAGCUGUGUAAGACCAUGUAUAACAUGUUCAGCGAAGACCCCAAUGAGCAGGAGCUGUACCACGCCACGGCCGCAGUGACCAGCCUCCUGCUGGAGAUCGGGGAGGUGGGCAAGCUCUUCAUUCCACAUCCUGCCAAGGAGAGCGGGGGCACAGGCAGUGGGCCGCUCUGCAGCCAGGGCAUGCCAGGCAUGCUCUUCCCCAAAAAGGGCUCCAGCCAGCCUUACACGGUGGAGUCCACGGAGCCACUCCCGGGCAGCCUGCCAGCUGACAGUGAGGAGCACUCCCUUGGGGGACAGAUGGAGGACAUCAAGCUCGAGGACUCCUCGCCCCGGGACAAUGGCGCCUGUUCCUCCAUGCUCAUCUCCGACGACGACACCAAGGAUGACAGCUCCAUGUCCUCCUACUCGGUGCUGAGUGCAGGGUCCCAUGAGGAGGACAAGCUGCAGUGUGAGGACAUCGGGGAGGACACAGUCCUGGUGCGCAGUGGCCAGAGCACAGCGGCCCUGCCCCAGAGCUCCAGCCUGGACCGCGACUGGGCCAUCACGUUUGAGCAGUUCCUGGCCUCGCUCUUGACAGAACCCGCCCUCGUGAAGUACUUUGACAAACCCGUGUGCAUGAUGACAAGGAUCACCGGUGCAAAAAACACCCGGAUGCUGGGCAAACCCCUCACCUCAGCCAGUGACUAUGAGAUCUCUGCUAUGUCUGGCUAACCCAGGUGGCUACUCCCCUGGGGAGGGGUGGCAGGGAGGGGAGGAAGGGUUUUUUUAUGUUCUGUGUUGGGGUUCCUUUUCUUUUAAAUUAAAUAUUUAUUAGUACCUGGCUUGAAGCCUAGGUUUUCAUAAUGUAAUACAAUAUUAAACACCUCCAUGUAAGUUGCAGUGCCCUCUGCUGGGGGGAGACGGGGCUGCCGGUAUACAGUUUAUUCAGUGAAUUCUUCCCCCCAAAGGACAAAUCUGUGAUGUGUAUAUUAUAACUUACUCUUACUGUUGAGCUGAGCUACAUCCAUGGUUUGAAACUAAUGCAAUGCUGUUUAAUGUUAAUGCUGUCUUGUUUGUACAGUGGGGCUUUGAAAUAACUUUAGAGCUGUGAGGAAAAUGGAAUGUCUCAGACAUGAGACUGAUCUUAGAAGGAAAAAAGUAUUGUCAGCUGGAAUAAACAUUUUACCACUUCAGCAAGAAUUAUAAAAAAUAUUUUUUAAAUUUUGAAAUAUAUUUCAUAAAUGUUCUAUUCAAAAGUCAUACUCUCUAUAUGUUUCCCUUCAAGGGAAGAACGUUAGGAUCCCCAACAAUUAUGAACAUUUAAAUGAUUUUUACAUGAUGGUAGAAUCCCAUUCUUGAUCCACAGACGGCACCCAAUUGAUAACUUCCUUCCAGUUGUGUAUGUCAGCUGGCCAGAGUCACCAAAGUGAGUGACCUGAAAAUCGGAAUGUGACAGCAGAAAGGACAGAGGCUCAUCUCUUUCUGUUUAUUUAUUUGUGUCUUGUUUGUUUGGAGGAAGAGUAAAAGUACUGAGGCUCUGGAUACUGGGUUUUUUGCUUCUUGUUCCUUAUUGCAAAUAAAGCAAAAAAAAUUAUAAAUAAAUAAAUAGAACCAUAAACGUGGCCAUUUCCAUACUCUCCAUAGACUCAAAUAUUAUACCAUGUAUCGCUUCCCUCCAUCUUCCCAUUAAAUCAAUGUAGAGCUGAUAGAAACCGAGAAGAACGUCUGCAAGCUAGCGUACCUAGAUCUUUUUAAACAGAACUUGUCACUUUAUAGAGAAGAAUCGUUUUAUGCUGUCCAUUUCCUGACCGGAGGUGGAAAUGAAACUCGCACACCUGCACUUUGAAUUCUUGCUUCUUUUGUAGUACCAUGCGAUCAUCUUAUUUUUUUACAGGAACUGGGAGACUUUCUCUUUUUGUUGGAUUUACAAUCAUGUGCACUCUUUCUUUGCUUCUUAUGAAUACUCCUUUCAACGCAUUCCCUAAUUUUAUUAUACACUGUGUCCUCAUUUUAGCUCAUGCUGCUGUAACUUUUUUAUUAUUUAAUUUACAGGAUGAUUUUUAAACUGUCAAAUGAAGUAGUGUGAACCUCAAAUGGGAUAAUGUGAACAAAUAAAGGACUUCAUAUAUGCCUUUU